AUGGAUCUGGCAGCAUGUGCUACCGGUGAGACAAUCCGAGUAUCCGCGUUUAUAUUGCCGCGCAUCUCGGUUUACGGCGGGCGCGUCGGAUCAACCGCGACAGCAUGGCCAUACGUGCGGGACUUGGUACUUGCGGACCCGGACUUUCGGGCAACGGAUUCAGUCGAGAUUCUACUAGGCGCAGACGUGUACGCGAAGAUCGUGGAGGACGGCCUCCGCAAGGGCAAAACUGGCACGCCAGUCGCUCAAAGGACUUCUCUGGGCUGGAUUUUGUCGGGAUUGAUGUGUGGCGCCGAGCCGCGGGGGCCUGCCUUGUCGCAUCAGUGCUCGGUCGCCGAGGACCUGAGCGCACUGGUAAGAUCCUUCUGGGAACAAGAGGAGCCGCCGCAACCUGUGGCUUCGCUCACUGACGAGGAUCGCCGGUGCGAAAAGCAUUUUUCGCGAACGCAUUAUAGGCUUGCGUGCGGGCGAUACAUGGUGCGCCUGCCUACCAUACCCAUACUGCCGUCACUGGAGGACUUGCGGCGGGCGGCAGUGCGCACCUUGACCAGCAUGAAGCGCAAAUUCGCCUCCAAUACUGAUUUCCACACUCUGUACUCCGACUUCAUGCAGGAGUACGAGACACUGCGACACAUGUCUCUUGCGUCGCCACCGGAACAAGCGAGGUGCGCGCGGAUUUGCUACUUGCCACACCACGGGGUCACCAAGAAAACUGAAGACGUGGCAAAAAUCCGGGUCGUCUUCAACAGCUCCGCACGCCUCGCCUCCGGUGACGCCCUCAACAAAGCGUUGUUGACGGGACCAAACCUCUUGCCAGUGUUAGCGGACGUACUGUCGCGCUGGCGGCUACACCGAUUCGCCAUGGCAACGGACAUCGAAAAGAUGUACCGUCAAGUCCUCGUCCAUGAAGACGACCGCGACCUUCAGCGCGUCCUGUGGAGGGCGAAUCCAGCUGAACCGAUCAGGGAAUAUCGGCUCAAUACGGUCACGUACGGCCUCACCUGCGCGCCGUACCUGGCUAUCAGAACAUUGCGGCAGUUAGCAGACGAUGAAGAGAGCCGCUUCCCCGAGGCAGCGACGGUGCUCCGGCGGGACGUCUACGUCGAUGACGUUCUCACGGGAACCAAUACGGUGGCUGAGGCCAGGCAAUUACGUGAUGAUCUGUUGCAGCUCUGCAUGGCGGGCGGCUUCCCGUUGAGAAAAUGGGCAGCCAACGACGAGGAGUUGUUGCGGGAGAUCCCGGUGAACUAUCGACAGAAAGGUGGUCUGUUGGAAUGGGAAUCUGACAUAAGCCAUUCCACCUUGGGUUUACAAUGGCACUCGCGGCAGGACGCAUUUGCCUACCGGAUACGGCCAUGUGAACAGACAACUGUGACGAAGCGUGUCGUACUCUCGGAGACGGCGCGACUCUACGACCCGCCGGGCUGGCUGGCGCCACUGGUCGUGCGAGCGAAGAUCACGAUGCAGUCUCUAUGGCUACAAGGAAUCGACUGGGACCAAUCCGUACCCGCGGAGGAGGACCGAGCGUGGCGGCGCUUUCGGCAGGAGCUUCCGCUAAUAGAACAGGUGAGAGUGCCCAGGUGGCUCCACACGGGAGGCAACAGCGACAAGAUGGAGCUCCACGGGUUCGCCGAUGCCUCGGAGCGGGCCUACGCGGCGGUGCUCUACCUGCGGGUUGAGACCGAUGGGGGAGAGAUCCAGGUGUCUUUACUGCAGGCCAAGACGCGAGUGGCGCCGUUGCGACAGGUCUCGCUACCGCGGUUGGAGUUGUGCGCGGCGUCGCUCCUGGCCCGCGUCGCGGAGCGAGCGGCGAGCCUGUAUGGCGUGCCUUUGGAGCGCGUUCACCUGUGGUCCGACUCCACGGUGGCAUUGGCGUGGAUACGGGGCCACUCUUCAAGAUGGACAACCUAUGUGGCCAACCGAGUCGCCGACGUGCAGCGAGCAUUGCCGGGCGCUCGCUGGCAUCAUGUGCCCGGAGAGGAGAACCCGGCUGACUGUGCGUCACGUGGACUCUCGCCGAGCGAUCUGGUGCAUCACUCCCUGUGGUGGCGAGGACCGGCGUGGCUCGGGGCCCGCCGCUGGAUUAACGAGUCGCCACCGCCGGAGCCGGACGAGGAGUCGCCGGAGCAGCGCGUGAGGGUGCACGUCGCGGCCGCGCAAGACGACCCGGAGCUCUUGCAUCGGUUCCCUGGGCUCCAACGCUUGCUGCGAGUCACUGCCUGGUGCCGCAGAUGGCUGAGAGCGGGGCGCGCCAACGGGGGGGGAGGCUCUGUUGCAGGCACGCUGUCACCCCGGGAAACUUGA